CACGCUGAUUGGCUGGAGACGUGAAAAAGUUGCCUUCUUUCAAACGUCAGUCUCUCUUUCUUUAUGCACGACCAUACGUCCGCCUCCCCGCAGGGACACUCGCAUGGCAAAACAGAUCCCUGCUCUCAGUCGACGCCACACGCAGCAUGUGCUCACCCUCUCGCGUCGGGUCUGCAGACACAACCACCAACAUGCAAUAGUGCGGCAGACGUCAUCCCGUCGUCGACGCGUCCCGCGCCAUCACUAUAACAUGCCCACCAGUUGAUAACGCAGCAGACGACUCCUCCGCCUAUCACUUGAGGAUGCGCC